UUUUUGUCUCAUGUAUCGAUAGGGUUUAGGUACCUAUUAUGUCGUAGGUGAAGUUAUCAGUAUUGCAAAAAAGAAUAAUUAAAUAACAGAGAUUUGCAACCCUAUUAUGAUUAAAUAUUUAUCUACCUUAAUAUAUAACCCCUAGGUAGUGAUUUUUAACAGUCAAGCAAAUAAAUACCGUGUGUAUAAAAUACAUAGUUGGGUAAUUAUGGAAAAUUGCGAAAAUACAUUAUCGACAACAAAUAAAGUACCAUUCGACCCUGGCUGGAAUGACCCCCCUACUUUCACUUAUAACGCCCAGCAAACCACUCCGAGCAGACCACGAAAUUUUCUAAAUAAAAGAGUAGCAUUCCCAGUAUCAAACAAUGCUGGUGUACCUUCAGGGGUACCUGUAACUAUUCCCUCUAUACCAGCAGCAAUGCCCAUCUCACCGAUGGUACCACCACCUGUGUCAAAUAUAGCAACAAUCAUUGAACCUCAAGAAAAAGUUCAAAUUGAUUGUGGAAAAAUAUUAGAAGAAGUAAAAGAUGCAUUAUUGGAGAUUUUAGGUGAUAGCAGUGAGUUGGGUUCUAAGGCAGAGAGCAUAAGAAAGAAAAUUAGCUUAAUGGAGGAUAUGUGGACGAGUGGGAAGUUAAAUACACAAGUUCAAAUACGAAUGCAAGAAUUAACCCGAGCUCUCAAAGAGGAUAAGCCAGACAAAGCUGAUGAAAUCCACAAAGGUCUUAUGGUAGACCAUGUGAGUUUAGUGGGAAUUUGGAUGCCUGGUGUCAAACAAAUAAUUUACAAUUGCAUAGCCCGGACUGAACUAUUGGCUAUUGAUAAAGAGUAAAUGUGAUUUAUAUAGAUAAGUUAAAUGUUAAAAUUGUUCCAGAAAAUAGUCAUAUAUUAGCAUUUAAUGCUUUAUUUCUAUAUAAUUUGUUUGUUUGCUUAAAACUUAUAAGUAUUAAAUUUUUUUUUUCGAAUUAUUCCUUUAUAUAUGGAGUAAGUAUAUAUAAAUGACAGAAUUACUAAGGCUGACACCCUGUUUAAUUUUAUUUUUCUUUUCUGCGAAUUUUUUGUGA